GUAAGAAAUUCCCUCCAAUUCCAAAUCCCUAGGCCCCCAAUCGAGAAGCAGCGUAUAAAUAGCGUCUAUCCUAACAUUGACCCACCUUUCACUAAGACUGCCAGAUGAAGGAAAACCAAACAACGUAUACAGUACACAUACAUGAAAUUCGCCCCAAAUCAAAAACCCUAGCAUACAAAAUCUUCCCAGCAGCUGGUUCUAGUUGUAAUUAUUGCUUUUAUUUUGUAAGUUUGUCAAUAAUGUGCGGCAGCAGAUGAAACUUGAAUUCCGGGGGCAUAUCGACCAAGAAUAUCAUUGCCAGAUUUCGAUCGUGUCGGGUCAUGUAUAGAGCUAAUUUUAUCGGGUUCGGAUUGGCCGUGGGCUCGAGCGCGUUUAUUGGAUCGAGCUUCAUCAUCAAGAAGAAGGGUUUACAGAGAGCUGGCGCAUCUGGUUCUCGUGCUAGUUCAGGAGGAUAUGGAUAUUUGCUGGAACCACUUUGGUGGAUUGGAAUGUUUACUAUGAUUAUCGGGGAGUUCGCCAAUUUUAUCGCUUAUAUGUAUGCACCUGCUGUCCUUGUGACACCACUGGGAGCAUUAAGUAUAAUUGUCAGUGCUGUCUUAGCUCAUUUCUUACUGAAAGAGGAAUUGCGGAAGUUAGGAAUAUUGGGAUGUGUUCUGUGUGUAGUGGGUUCUACUGUCAUUGUGCUUCAUGCACCCGGUGAACAUAGUAUUAGCUCAGUGGAAGAAAUCUGGGAAUUAGCUAUACAGCCAGCUUUUCUUUUGUAUACAGCUUCAGCUGCAGCUGUGGUAUUGGUACUUGUGUUGUAUUGUGAACCACGCUAUGGGCAGACAAACAUCAUGGUUUACAUUGGAGUUUGUUCUAUAAUUGGAUCCUUAACAGUUAUGAGCAUUAAAGCAAUAGGUAUUGCUAUAAAACUCACGUUAGAGGGCUCUAGCCAGGUAGCCUACUUCAAGUCCUGGGUAUUUGCCAUGGUUGCAGCUACGUGUAUAAUCACUCAAUUAAUCUACUUAAACAAGGCUUUGGACACAUUUAACACUGCUGUAGUAUCUCCAAUCUAUUAUGCCAUGUUCACAUCGCUUACAAUUUUGGCGAGUGCCAUAAUGUUCAAGGAUUGGUCUGGUCAGAGUGCUAGUAGCAUUGUUUCAGUUCUCUGUGGGUUUAUUACCGUGCUUUCUGGUACAAUGGUCUUGCACAGUACUAGAGAUCCAGAAAAACAGUCCUCUGCAGAUUAUUCAGCGAUUACUCCUCAAAUAUCAUGGCUUGUCCAUGCGAAUGGCGAGAUAUGGAAACAGAAAGACAAUGAUGAGUUGCAUACAGAAUAUAUGGCAAUUAUUCAUCAAGAUCAUUUUAAGUAGGGGAAAAUCUCGGAUCAUGAUCUCUCGAGUAGUUUCUCCCAGAGCAUUAUUGGAGUACUAAAAUUUGUCAUGAAAGUAAGUAGUGAAGAUCAAUGUAGAUUUUCCGGUAAGCUCUUCCCCAAAGUCACAAAGUUAAUAUAUAUAUUUUUUUAAAUAUUCUUCAUUUUGGGUCUGAGAAAUGUAAGCUAGAUGUGUAAUAACUUGCAAAGCCAUUCUUUAAUCAUUUACUAUUUGUUGUACGAAUUCUGGUUCUGACGAAAUUAGAGCCUUUUGCACAGAAAGAUGAAUGGAAUAUUUUUUUUUUUUUUU